GUUUGUUUUAUGAACGGCGAAAGGGGCAAGGCGCCAAAUCAAACAGUUCGUGCGGUGAGCCUGAACAUCGUCACAACUUUCAUCCCAAGUCUCUUCAAUCAGUUUGUCGGUUGCAAUAUCGAGUGCAAAACGCUGUACGAGCAAUACCGGACCCCGUUACCCCGCUGCGCAUCCAUAGUUUUUUCCGUUGCGAUCGGGCCCGCAAGUGCGAAACCCCGCCCAGUUAAAAAGGCAACCACCAAGUGCCCGCCCUUUCGCUUCAAGAGUUCACGCCGGUUAUCUCGCUCGCAAACGCAACAGAUAUCUCAUCGUCUCAUCGUCUCAGUUCAACCCUUUCUGCAUAUUCCCAUUCAUUCCCCUCGCCAUGCACACUUCCCGGCCAAGCAAGCUCGGCUGUCGCAGUCCCCAGUUCGCCAUCCGGCUGUCGCUACUCUGCAGUCUGACAAUAUCUGGUGUCCGUGCUGUCCCUGCACCCGCUGCUCUUGCGAAGCGAUCGAUGUGGACCUCGCCGACAACCGUCACUUUCACCACCGCAACGUCUGAUACAGCUGGCCAGUGGACGUCCGAUCCUCCUUGCGACAGCAUGACUACUACGGCGGCAUGCCAAACAACUACCAUCUUCUACUGCCCGACCGACACGGCAUCCCUCACUACUCUCGCAAGCUCUACAGCGUCCACUUCGUGGGUGGCCACUUCAUAUGAAAGCAGCUCAAACGUCUGGGCAUCCGCUACAUCAAUCGCGGGCGUUCACACAUCCGUAGCAGAUAUUUCGAUCGUCUCACUUGCAAGCAGCACGGACAGCAUACCAAUUUGGACGACUACGGAUGCCCCAACCUCAACUGACUGCUGGACCACUGUCUAUGCCACAUCUUGCCCAUGCACAACGACGACCGAAGACCCACCGUGUGAUGACACGACUACUUCUAUCUCACACACCACCCCUACUCAAGACCCUCCUUGCGACACAACCACAGAAGAGCCUACACCCACGUGGACGGAUGUCACACUCCCGCCGUGCGAUACGACGGAAACACCGUCCCCGACGGCGGUCCCUAGCGGUCCCUCUUGCGCGGCUGGACUUGUCGCGGAGGACUUCGCCUUCAACGAAAUCUUCCAGAAUAACACUCCUACUGCCGUUGGGACGACGUUCGAGAGCUCCCUGGUCGUGAACGGAACUACAACCGGCAUUUCACGAGGACAUCUUGCCAUCCAGAACUUGCACGGAUCUCAAACAAGACGACGGAGCCAACUACUGUUCCGCCGAUUACACCUUCGGCAAUCUUGGUACCUUUCAACUCGCGGGCAUUUUCAACCCAACCACCGCCGACGUGCAAGGCCCAUUGUCUAUCAUUGGCACAACCGGACAUUUCUUCUCCGCCAGCGGGUUCGCGACGUUCCAAUUCACGUUCAACGAGACCGUGCAACAAGCGCCGAUCGGCGGUCAAUAUCUUGCGAAGCUUUGUGUUGUCGCUGGGAAUUGAGACGCGGGACCUGGUAUCACAAUCUCCAUUUUGAAAACCUCACGGCGUUUUCCUUUUUCUUUCACCUUCAACUUUUCUACUGUAUUUAUCGCGGCAAGGGACGAUUUCGGUGUAUCUAUGUACUUUAUAAGCAUGCUCGUGGAGGGGUUGGGGCGAUGUGAAGCGUGAGAGGAUUAUUGUAUUGCGUAUUUUGUACAUCCUUCCUCGGUUUUAUCAGGAAAGUAAUCAAUUUUCCAACUACUGCAAUGUGCUGCGACGUGAGCAUUGGCGCCAUUCUCAGUCUCGAGUAUACUUU